AUGGAGUUCACUAUCUUACUCUUUCUUUUGACGCUCUUCUCAGCCGUGCACGGCCAUAUUCCCCAUACGAGACACUCUCGCUUGCACUCCAUCCCGCCUCCAAAGCUCACUAAAAGAGCUGAAGAUGACCCGUCAGACUUCUCGUGGGUGAAGAGGUGGGCAGCUAUAGGCGAUAGGCACACCGCUGGAAUUGGCUCUGGGCGUCCGUUGGGUAGCAUCUUGGACGGUGAGAAGCUUGAUGUCAAGGUGAAAACGAUGAACAUCACCCUCCCAAACCUUGAGUUCAGUGGCCAUGGAAACUGGUAUUGUGCUCGAUAUGACAUGUCAUAUCCCAUGAUUAUCAGUAGGCUCCUUGGCUCGCAGGUUGAGAGCUUUCAGUAUGCCGCUUGCAGUGGAGAUCGUGCUGGUCAGAUUUAUCAGCAGGCUGAGCAGAUUGAAGGUGAUCUUGACAUGGUCAUGUUGACAGCUGGUGGCAAUGAUCUGUGCUUGGCUGGCAUCAUCGCGGACUACAUUCUUCUCUCCGCCAACAACGAGGAGGCUUGCGAAGCCGUCCUCAAGGUAGCUGAAGACAAUUUUGAGAAUAUCAUCACGAAUAACAUGAAAGAAAUUCUUUACGCCUUGAACAAAAAGGUAAACAAGGACGGCAUCGUUGUUGUUCUUGGAUAUGCCGAGUUCUUCAGUACUGAGGACGACAGCUGUGAGUACGAAGAGUGGGACAAAAAGGCAUUUCUUGAACCCAUCCAGACCCCUCAGAAGUUGACUAUUGCUCGUCGUCACCGCUUUAACGCACUUGUCAAGAAGAUCAACAGGGAAACCGCUGAUGCAGUCAACGACAUCUCUAAAGACGAGGAUGUCAAGUAUAAGAUCGGCUUUGCAGACUGGAAUCCUUGGGUCACUGACGCCAGCAUUGACGGGCAGAUGUGCUCUCCUUCUGCGAAUGGAGACUAUCCUAGCAAGGACCAGCCUCAGAUGCAGUUCAUCAAGCCGCCCACAAACCCUACGCCUGGAGAGCAUGAGGAUCUCAAAAAGCGAGGAUUCGAUACAGAUUACUACGAUUACAGUCAGGGCGAGCUGAGGAGGAAGCGUGCAGCGCGGAGCAUUUGGGGUUCCAAGUUCUUCAACAGCGCCAAUCCACCGGAACUCGUACGUAGAGUCCUUGGUCGUCGAGCCCCAAAACCUCCAGGCUGUCCCUCCGAUGAAUCGAGAGACUGGACAAUGGGCCUUGGUCUUCCAAACGACAUCGCGGAGAACUUCCAUCCGAAUGAGAAUGGACACCUCACGAUGGCCAGCUUCGCGAUAGCUGAGGCGAUGGACCUUCGGUCGUUGGUGCUCGGCAUUGAUCCCCCUUCAUGUGAGGUUAAGGACCAGUUCAAAUGCUGGUCGGAUGACAACUGGAAGAUCUACGCCAGCGCUGAUCGGCUCGACAAACACUAUGAAGAUUUCUGUAAGAACGUCGAGCAGCCUGAUCAUGAGAAGGGCUGGGACUACUACAAGGUCUACGAUGAAGACACACCCGAUGAGCAUGAGUUCAGAAUCUCACUUAGCAACGACGUCGCAGACUACGACAUCAAUCAGUGCAUCGACUCCUUCAAGAAGCUCAUCCACAACUGUGAUACCAAUUGCAGGCUGAACUGGAAGACCGGAGGCAAGUAUGUCCGCGAUGAUGGAGCCUACACAUACGAAGUCAGCCCAACGCGCUAUAACAGACCCUGGCCACCACCAGAGUAUGCCCAGGGAACCUGCAAAGGAUGGUACCACUUUUCUCAUAGUUCAUAUACCAUUGAGGGCGGUGGGUUCUCAACGUGGGACUUUGGUCAGAAGACGAUGAGGCCAAGCAUGAAUGGAUGUUAUGGACUUGGAACGACGGCUUGGAACUUUGAGUACUAUGAUGAACCGACUGAUGAGGGGUAUGAGUGGAAGCUUACGUUUAACACGCCUGUUUUUGUGAGGUCUAGGUGUUUCAAGAACAAUAAGGUUGUCAAGGGUGCUGGCGGGUGGACUGAUGGAUGCGGAGGAAAUGACUAA